CUCUAUCCCAAAAUUAUUGUCUAAUGAAAAUCCAAACUGAACAAUAAUUAUAGGAUGGAUGGAGUACAAGAAAGAGAACAAUUACGGAGUAUUUUGGAGGCGGAACCAAUAUUGAUUAAAAAAAAAGUGCAAUUUCCUAGCCAGCAUCUUCUGUAAAACAAUGAGAUGAUGAGCACUUUUUGUUUGAAUUAGGGGAGUAAUGUCAUUUACAAAUUGGGUAAGCCCACCACUAAAUAUCUUAAGCAAAGAAAUUGGCCCAGUUCAGCCCAAUUAUUUCCCCAGAAAAAAAAUAUUCCUCAACUAUGUUAUGAAUAAUGUAAAUCAGGGAUAAUCAUCAAGAUUCUUCUUUUACGCUUUGAUCAGACAAAGAAGGGUCCGUGAGUUCCGAUUAUGACAAAGUAAUCGCAAUCGAAGUUACUUUGUCCUGAUGUCGAAACUUUUCCCAAUCCUUUCUCUUUUACCUCAAUAAUUCCGUUCAUCAUCAUGCACCCCUCUUAGAACUUAUCCCUUCUUCACUCAAUUUAUAAUAAACCCAACUCUCCCCGAAAUUCUCCUCAUCUCUGGAUUCUUGGAAUUUCAGUGAGAACUAAGAUGGGUAAUGCUUCGUCAAUGCUGACACAAUACGAUAUUGAAGAAGUCCAGGAGCACUGUAACAAUCUGUUUUCCCAACAAGAGAUCGUGUCCCUCUAUCAAAGAUUUUGCCAACUCGAUAGGAAUGCAAAGGGUUUUAUAUCUGCUGAUGAAUUUCUAUCAGUUCCAGAGUUUGCCAUGAAUCCACUUUCUCAGAGGUUGCUUAAGAUGGUUGAAGGCUUGAACUUUAAGGAUUUUGUGGCGUUCUUAUCUGCUUUUAGUGCUAAAGCAAGUCCACCUCAGAAAAUUGAACUUAUUUUUAGAGUGUAUGAUUCUGAUUGCAACGGGAAGGUGGCUUUCAAUGACAUGAUUCAAGUGCUUCAGGAUUUAUCUGGCUCUUUUAUGUCCGAUCAGCAGAGAGAGGAAGUAUUGACCCAACUUUUACGAGAAGCCGGCUAUACAAAGGAGUCCACCUUUUUGUUGAGUGACUUCAUCAAGGUUUGUCUCCCGUCGUUGUUGGUAUCCUUUUAGUCAAAAAAACAGCAACGCAAUAAGUUUGCGAUUUGCAAAGUGGUUCUGACCCUGCUGUCAUGUAGCAAUCAUGCAUGUGUUGCUUUAAGCCUAAAACAUGUUGUUUUCUCAUUUGAUUGACUAUAGCUAACCAUGUUAUCCCAUUGUAUCUGAUAUAAUAAUCUCUUUCUAUAGUCGGUAAUAUGUUUUUGUUUUUGUUCUUGUUCUCGUUCUCGUUCUCGUUCUUGUUCCUUGCCUAGAUAUUCGACCACGCAGAUCCGAAAAUGGAGGUGGAAGUUCCAGUCGACUAACUAAAGCUUGAGUUCAAGUUCUUGUUUCCAGUGGGACUAGCUAAAGCUCGAUGAGUUCAAGUUCUUGUUCUGUGGCAUUUGAAAAACGUAGACCUAUGCCGCCUGUAUUCAUCAUUUUUCUUGCAAUUUGUAUGGAAGAAAUAUAGAAAUGUAAAGAACAGUUUGACACCUCGUUGUAUUUAUGGAAUGGAAUGAAGUCCUUUAUACAGUUUCUUUAUCUGCCAAUAGAAUGGGAGUAAUGUUUUUUCUCAAGUAC